CUUCACUCGCAGCUCCUCAUAUCAACUUGGCUUUCCCCCUCUCUUCCCUUUAGUUUCGAGGUCGCCUGACCUCGCUAGACGUUUGUGAAUUUCAUGUAGACAAUUGUUCUCAUAUUCAUAUCGGAUACGCACAUUCCGUCCACUCACUUUCCCAAGUUCAAAGUCGCCGCUGGCGCACUUCAUACUGCACCAUGCUUCUACGGAUAGCGCUGUUUUUUGUGGUCGCGUUUCUGGCGCUGCUAGUCGUUGGCGCAGAAGACUAUUACAAGCUACUGGGUCUUGAGAAGGAUGCCUCAGAGCGCCAGAUCAAGAAAGCAUACCGAAAUCUGAGUAAGAAAUAUCACCCUGAUAAGAACCCUGGCAACGAAGAAGCAAACCAGAAAUUCGUUGAGAUUGCCGAAGCCUACGAAGUCCUCAUCGAGAAAGAAACACGCAAGAUAUAUGACCAAUACGGUCAUGAGGGCAUUCAACAGCACAAACAAGGUGGUGGACCUCGCCAGCAUCACGAUCCCUUUGACCUCUUCUCGCGCUUCUUUGGUGGUUCCGGACAUUUUGGACACCAUGGCGGGGAGCGACGAGGGCCGAACAUGGAGGUCAAGGUAUCCAUUCCUCUACGUGACUUUUACAAUGGCCGUAAGACGGAGUUCACGAUCGAGAAGCAAGCAAUCUGCUCGGCCUGUGAGGGAUCAGGUUCAGAAGAUGGACACGUAGAGACCUGUGGCACAUGUGGUGGACGAGGUGUUCGCAUACAACGACAACAACUUGCACCGGGACUCUUCCAGCAAGUCCAGGUACAUUGCGACCAAUGUCACGGCAAAGGCAAGACAAUCAAGCACCCAUGUCCGGUCUGCAGCGGUAGUAGAGUUAUCCGUGAAUCCGAGACGCACCAACUCGAGAUUGAGAAGGGCAUGCCCAAUGGCGUACGCAUCACCUAUGAGAAUGAAGCAGACGAGAGCCCGGACUACGUCGCUGGAGACCUUAUCGUCCACCUCGCCGAAGCCGAUCCUGCAUUCGGACAACAAGAGCACGAGCGCACGGAUGGUACUUUCUUCAGAAGACGGGGUAAGGACCUCUUCUGGCGCGAGGUUCUGUCUCUCCGAGAAGCAUGGAUGGGUGACUGGACCCGCAACGUUACGCAUCUUGAUGGCCAUAUUGUCCAGCUCUCGCGCAAACGUGGUGAAGUUGUCCAGCCCAACCUGGUUGAAAUCAUCAAGGAAGAAGGUAUGCCAAUCUGGCACCAACAGCUGGAAAACAACGAGGGUCUGCAAUAUGGUGACCUGCACGUCGAGUACGUAGUCGUCCUGCCCGACCAGAUGGACAAGGGCAUGGAAAAGGACUUUUGGAGCGUCUGGGAGAAGUACAGGAAGAAGAGUGGUGUUAGCAUUGAUGCUGAGCUUGGUAGGCCGCAGGAGCCGAUUAAGAUGCCAGAGCCUGAUGCGCAUGAUGAGCUGUAGGUGUGAAAGGAGAGAGUUUUGUAUGAAUUGACGCGCGAAUACCCGUUAGUGGAAUGAAGAUGGUGUGUGGAGUUGGGGAGUCAGUCUUCUGUGAGAUCAAUGAGCAUAGGAAAAGGGAAAUUUAUAGAUGGGUUUUCUUAGCUCUUGGAUUUUCUUGGCAUAGAUGGCAAGAUUAUGCAGUAGUACUAUGUGUAAGGUGUUCUUGUUUUGCUUCGUGUGUGUGUGUGUGUGUGUG